AUGGAAACCAACCUCUCCACCGCUCUGAAUGAAUAUGAAGAGGUGCUUCAUGAGUCGGCUGUCUACACUCUUCUGCUGAUGCUCUCAUUGGUGGUACUCAGGGUCACCUUUGUCCUUAGUGUCCUGGGCAAUGGGCUCGUGAUCUGGGUGGGAGCAUUCCGGAUGGCAUGCGUGGUCACCACCAUCUGCUACCUGAACCUGGCCUUAGCCGACUUCUCUUUCACUGCCACCCUACCAUUCCUCAUCAUCUCAAUGGCCAUGAGACAAAAAUGGCCUUUUGGCUGGUUCCUAUGCAAGUUAGUUCACACUGUGGCAACACAAACCUUUCCGAUGGCUGUCAUUGCUCUGGACUGCUGUAUUUGUGUCCUUCAUCCAAUCUGGGCCCAGAACCACCACACUGUAAUUCUGGCCACAAAGGUGGUCACUGGACCCUGGAUUCUUGCCCUAGUCCUUACUUUGCCAGUUUUCGUCUUCUUGACUAUAGUCACUACUGAGGAAGGGGACACAUACUGUACUUUCAGCUUUGCAUCCUGGGGUGACACCGCUGAAGAGAACUGGAAGUUGGCUAUCACCACGUUGGCAGUCAGAAGAGUCAUCUGGUUCGUUAUUGGCUUCAGUGUACCUAUGUCCAUCAUCACUAUCUGCUAUGGGCUCAUCGCUGCCAAGAUUCACACAAAAAAAGGCCUGAUUAAAUCCAGGCAUCCCUUACUUUGUCUAAUUGUAGGUGAUAAGACUCCCAUUUCAGGAGGGGUCCUGCCUUAUGCCCGGGAGGAAGGAACACUGCACAGAGAAACCAAGAAAAAUGUGGACAGACAGGACUUACUGGGUCUCCCCACUCAGUAUAUUAGCAUUAGGUUAUACCCUUUUUGUCCCAAAACAUCCCUACAGGGUUUUCCACACUUCAGUCAUGCCCAUAUAGUGAAGCUUCCAUAA